AUGAAGAAAAGGUCACAUCAUCAUCAACAGAGAACAUGGGCUGAAUUGUGUUGUUUGGGUUGCUCCUCCAUACAGCUUUUUUGGGCAAGAGUGGUUAUGCGUAAAUGGCUUAAUAUUGGUAGCAAUCAAUCUGAUUAUAGUGCUGAUCCUGAGGAUGAAGAUGAUGCUGAUUAUGAGGAAGAUGAUCCUGAUAAUGAUUUACAAAAUCGAGUGUGGGGAAGACAGUCGCGGUUUAUGGACGGCACAGGUGUUGAUGCUCCAUCUGAAUCAAAUGACUUUGUUCCAAAGUUAAGGAAGCAGAAGUCAUCAACUUAUAGAUCUCAGUAUAUUAACACAAAGGAGCUGAGGGUAUGUGCGGCAACAUGGAAUGUUGGAGGAAGACUUCCACCUGAUGACCUAGAUAUUGAUGAGUGGCUCGGUGUUAAUGAACCGGCUGACAUCUAUGUCCUCGGUCUUCAAGAGCUUGUACCCUUAAACCCCGGCAAUAUUUUUGGUGCUGAAGAUACUCGGCCUGUUCCAAAAUGGGAGAAUAUAAUUCGUGAAGCACUUAAUAGAGUCAAACCUUCGGUAACGAAGACCAAAUGCUUUAGUGACCCACCAUCUCCAUCAAAAUUUCAGCCAUCAGAUGAUGGCCCUGAUAUAGAAGAAGAAAUACUAUUUGAAAGUGAUAGUGACAUCGGCGAGGAAGUCCAUCCUUUGGAUGAAUCACAGAAUAUUUCUGAUGGUAGUACUACGAACGAAAUCAUGAAUACCAGUUUACUGGCUUCCGACAAUGCUGAUAGUGCCAACUCCAGUGUCCCAAUUGUCUUCGAUUAUAAAAGACAGUAUACUUUUCCAAAGAAGUUCGAUUGGCCGCAAAGUCCGUCAGAAAACUGGGAUGCAUCAAUUACCCAAAAGACCAAAAAACUAACCAGAAUGCUAAGCGGAUCUGAAAGGAUUGGUUUGAGUUGGCCGGAGCCUCCGCUACAUCUAGUAUCUCAAAGAGUUUUGGAGAGACCAACUUCUUUUAAAUCGUUAAAAUCCUAUAAGUCGUUAAAAUCAUUCAAAACAUAUAAUGCUUUCAAGUCAAUUAUGGAUGAAAUGCCAGGAAUGGGUUUGCUUCCUGAAAUUGACCUUGAAGCUUUAAUAAAGCGGAAAAGAAGAUCUCCAUAUGUAAGGAUUGUUAGCAAGCAAAUGGUCGGAGUUUUCAUCACUGUAUGGGUUCGUCGGAGAUUACGGAAACAUAUUCACAAUUUAAAGGUCUCAACCGUAGGUGUUGGCAUUAUGGGAUAUAUUGGUAACAAAGGAUCAGUAUCCGUCAGCAUGUCCAUAUAUCAGACACUUUUUUGUUUUAUAUGCACGCACCUUACGUCUGGAGAAAAGGAAGGAGACGAACUUAAACGAAAUUAUGAUGUUCAUGAAAUACUGCGCAGAACACAUUUUCAUUCACCUUCUUAUGUUGGACUUCCAAAAGGAAUCCUCGAUCAUGAAAGAAUAAUUUGGUUGGGUGAUUUGAAUUACCGUCUCAACUUAUCAGAUGCGGAAACAAAAGCUCUUAUCAAGAAAAAACAGUGGUCGAAAUUGGCUGAAAAAGAUCAGCUCAUGCGAGAAAUCAAGAGCGGCGCAUUUGGAGGAUGGUCAGAAGGGGUGUUAAAUUUUCCACCUACUUAUAAAUACGAGGUUAAUUCAGACAAGUACUACGGAAACGAUCCAAAGGCUCCAAAACGUACACCAGCAUGGUGUGAUCGUGUUCUUUCAUACGGAAAAGGAAUGAAAUUACUGAGUUACAGAAGGACUGAGCUUAAGUUAUCAGAUCACAGACCCGUGACUGCGACAUAUAUAGUUGAAGUUGAGUCGUUCUCACCUAGGAAGCUACAGCGAGCCCUAACAUUCACGAAUGCAGAGAUUGAAAAUGAAGAAGCCAUUAAACAUUUAGUUAGUUGGAAAUAG